AUGGAAGAUGACGAGCUACAUACAAAUCAUACGAAGACAAAUCAGCUACAACAUCUCGAGAACAACAUUAUAUACAAUGAGAACAAUGAUCAUGGAGAAGAGCAUUGUUUACAAGAUAUUACGACGACAAGUUCUGAAUUAAUGAAGGCUGAUUAUACCAGCGAAUUUAUCACAUAUGAUAUAUACAAAAGUAAAGAUCAGUUGAUUUCUUGGGCUCGAGGGGUUGCUAUACAAAGUGGACAUGUCCUUACGAUCAGAGCCUCUGAUUGCGGUGGAAAUGGUAGGAAGCCGCGAGUGUUGCUUGCAUGCGAAAGGUUUGGUUCAUAUAGGCCCACGAUUAGUGUUGACUCUAAGAAUGCCAAGAAACGUCUAACUACCGGUACCAAAAAGUGUGGUUGUCCAUUCUUACUUAAAGGAAAGAAAAAUAAAACAGGGGAUGGUUGGGUUCUGGAAGUUAUAAAUGGAACGCACAAUCAUCCUGAUGUUGAGUAUUUUGAGGGACAUAGUUAUGCAGGGAGAUUGACACAUGAGCAAACAGAGUUGUUGGUAGACAUGUCUAAGAAUUUAGUGCGACCAAAGGAGAUUCUUUGUACCAUAAAUAAUAGCUAUCCUUCAAAUGCAACGACACUCAGAACUAUUUAUAAUGCACGGCAGAGGCAUCGUGUAAUUGAGAAGGCUGGAAGGACACAAAUGCAAUAUUUAUUGGGUAAACUAUUCGACCUUAAGUAUUAUGAGUACCAUAGAUCUUCUGUUGACGACUGUACGUACAAGACUAACAGAUAUUGGAUGCCGUUGUUAGAAGUUGUUGGGAUUACAUCAACUAGUUUAACAUUUUCAAUUGCAUUUGCCUACAUAGGUGGUGAGCGUAUUGACAAUUACUUGUGGGUACUUCAGCGGCUUCGAUCAAUUAUGGAGGAUAAUAGUAUUGAGCUACCAUCAGUGAUAGUGACGGAUUGGGAGUUGUCUCUUAUGAGUGCCAUCGAGAAUGUUUUUCCUGAUGCUCAACAUUUGUUAUACAAUGAGGAUGAUUAUUUACGUAGAGUGAAUGAUCUCAUGACCACAUUUAAUAGAAAUCCCUCUCCUGUUGAAUAUGUCUUAGAUACUUGGUUAAAUCCUUAUAAGGAGAGGGAGCUUCGAAUCUUCAUGGUUGAAGAUUCAUUCUCUCCUUCAGCCGGAGUUAGGCUUCCUAAGUCCGACCAUUUCCCUUCUUUAGGAGUGAAUGGAGUCAAGGAUGCCAACUCAAGGGAUAUAUGCCUCGUUCGAGAAAAUGAGCAGUUAAAGUUUGUAGAUAGUUCAUGUGCAUCAUCAGAUUUGUGUUGUUGUGUGAGUAGACGCACAUACGGUAUUCCAUGCUCCUAUGAGCUCGCUCGAUACGUUCGAGAUGAUGUUCCAAUCCCAUUAUCUGCAUUGGACACCCACUGGAGCCGGCUUCAAAUUAUACCACGUGAUCCUCUGCAAAUUCCUGACUUCAUUCCUGAGUUAAACAGAUAUGUUUCGCAAGUAAUGAAGGAAGAUCCUUCGAAGUGGUCAUAUUACCAAAGAAAAAUCAGAGAGACAUUUGAUCCGAACACAACACAAUUGACAGAGCCUAGAGAUAAAUUUAAGACACGUGGAAGACUUUCAAAAGCUGAACUAUCUACACGUCGAGCUCCAUCUGCAUUUGAACUCGUUGAUAGUACAUGCAUUGACAAAUCUUCGCAAUCAUCGAAGCUGACUUCAACUGAUAAGAAGAUUUUUGUCAAAAAAAAUCAGGCUAAUCAAGGAAGAAAUAAAUUAUCAUGCGAUAAAUAUAUCAAUGACAUUGUCAAUGUUGCCGAUGAUGGUAAUUGUGGAUACCGAGCUGUUGCUGAGCUCAACACGUGGGAGGGAUUUUACACAAAGAUCUUCGGUGAUAGAACUAAAGAUCAUUUGAUAGCGCUCAAUUAUUAUGAGUCUCCAGCAGAUAUGAAGUAUUGGAUGACAAUGCCAGAUAUGAGACACUUGAUAGCUACUCGAUAUAACAUUGUGGUUGUAUUGCUGUCAAGACAUCAAUGUUUGACGUUCUUACCACUCAGAAGCCGACCGAAACCUUAUCAUGUUAAGAACAUUAUUGCAUUGGGCUUUGUCAACGGGAAUCAUUUUGUGCAGGUGAGCCUUAUUGACGAUUGUCCGAUACCACUAGUGGCUUUAUAUUGGCAUCGUUACCAUACUAUCCAAGCUGAAGGAUGGGAUGAACCUUAUCAAAAUCGGAUUACUCAGUUUACAGAAUUAACUGGUUCAGAUGUUGCUACUAGAGAGACAUUUGAUAUAGAUAGUGACUAG